AGUUACUGCUAAAUUUUCUCUCUAGUCACUCAGUGUUCUCAGCUUCUUGUUCUUCUCCUGGUCCCUUUUGGACAUCUGCCCAAUGGCUCAAUCCUCUAAUUCCUCCUUUAACUCCGCCUCCCAUGGCUGGCAGGAAGUCCAGCCCUAUCUCUCCCCUGCUCAGCGAUUGGCUGUAAGGUGCGUCAUUGGCAUAUCUGAACAACUUAGGGAUCCGAGUUUAUACACCAGUGAGACAAGAGAGUCCCAGAACAAGUAUUGCAGCCAGAUAUGGGGGAUACAGAAAUAAGCAUUUGGAUUACACAAGAACCUUAUGCCUAUGAUGCCAGGAUUGCUUUUAAUGAUUUUUAAACUAGACUGUUCAGGACAGUUGUUUUUAAAGCUUAGGGUCAUUUGUAGGAAAUGUUCUAGAGUGGGACUGGACCUACUGCUCUUUUUUUUUUUUUUUAUCUCUCUUUUUGCAGUUCUUGGGAUCGAACUGAGUUUGGAAUUGAUCAAGGAACCCAUUUCCACAAAGUGCGAUCACAUAUUUUGCAAAUUUUGUAUGCUGAAACUUCUUAACCAGAAGAAAGGUCCAUCAAAAUGUCCUUUGUGUAUGAAUCAGAUAACCAAAAGGAGCCUGCAAGAAAGUACAAGGUUUAGCCAACUUGUUGAAGAACUAUUGAAAGUCACUGAUGCUUUUGAGCUUGACACAGGAAUACAGUUUGCAAACAACUGUUUUUCCAAAAAGAAGAAUAAUUUUUCUGAACAUGUGAAUGAAGAGGCUUCUAUCAUACAGAGUGUGGGCUACCGAAACCGUGUCAAAAGACUUGGGCAGGCAGAAUCUGAAGAUGCCGCCUUGAAGGACAGUCUUAGUGUCCAGCUGUCUAACCUUGGAAUUGUGAGAUCAGUGAAGAAAAACAAGCAGACACAGCCUCGAAAAAAAUCUGUCUACAUUGAACUAGAUUCUGAUUCUUCUGAAGAUACAGUUAAUAAGCCUGAUGAUUGCAGUGUGACAGAGCAGUUGUUAGAAGUCACCCCUCAAGGAGCUGGACAUGAGGCCAAUUUGCAUUCUGCAACCAAGGCUGCUUGUGAGUUUUCUGAGGACAUAACAAACCCUGAACAUCAUCAAUGCAGUGAUAAAGAUUUGAACCCUAUUGAGAAUCAUGCAACUGAAAGGCAUCCAGAAAAAUGUCAGGGUAUUUCUGUUUCAGACUUUCAUGUGGAGCCAUGUGGCACAGAUAUUCAUGCCAGCUCAUUACAGCAUGAGAACAGUAGCUUAUUACUCACUGAAGACAGAAUGAAUGUAGAAAAGGCUGAAUUCUGUAAUAAAAGCAAACAGUCUGGCUUAGCAAAGAGCCAACAGAGCAGAUGGGCUGAAAGUAAAGAAACAUGUAAUGACAGGCAGAUUCCCAGCACUGAGAAAAAGGUAGAUUCUAAUGCUGAUUCUCUCUGUGGGAGAAAAAAAUGCAAUAAUGAGAAAAGUCUGUGCCUUGAGGAUUCUGGAGCUACCCAAAAUGUUCCUUGGAUAACACUAAAUAGCAGCAUUCGGAAAGUUAAUGAGUGGUUUUCCAGAACUGGUGAGAUGUUAACUUCUGACAGUGCAUCUGACAAGAGGCAGGCAUCAAAUGCUGAAGCAGCUGUUGCGUUAGAAGUUUCAAAUGAAGUAGAUGGAUGUGUCAGUAAUUCAAAGAAAACAGACUUGGUAACCUCUGAUCCCCAUCAUGCUGUAAUGUGUAAAAGUGAAAGAGACUUCUCCAAACCAGUAAAGAACAAUAUCAAAGAUAAAAUAUUUGGGAAAACAUAUCAGAGAAAGGGAAGCCUCCCUCACUUGAACCAUAUGACUGAAAUUAUAGGUACAUUUAUUGCAGAACCACAGACGACACAAGAACAGCCCUUCACAAAUAAAUUAAAGCGUAAAAGGAGAAGUACAUGCCUUUAUCCUGAGGAUUUUAUCAAGAAAGCAGAUUUAACCAUUGUUCAAAAGACUCCUGAAAAUAUAAAUCAGGGAAUUGACCAAAUGGAGCAAAAUGACCAAGUGAUGGGUAUUACCAGUAACGGUCAGGAAAAUGAAACAAAAAAUAAUGAUCUUCAGGAAGAGAAAACUGCUAAUCCAGUAGGGUCACUGGGAAAAAAGUCUGCUUUCACAGCAAAAGCCAGACCUAUAAGCAACAGUAUAAGUGAUUUGGAGAUAGAAUUAAGUGUCUAUAAUUCAAAUGCACCUAAGAAAAAUAGGCUGAGGAGGAAGGCUUCUACCGUAUGCGCUCCUGCAGUUGAACCAGUCAGUAGAAAUCCAAGCUCACCUACUCAUGCUGAACUUCAAAUUGAUAAUUUUAGUAGCAGUGAAGAAACAAAGAAAAACAAUUCUGACCAAGCACCUGUCAGGCACAUUAGAAAGCCUCCACUCAGAGCAGACCCAGAACCAGCACCUGAAGCUAAGAAGGAGCGGAGUGAACAAGUAAGAAAGAGAACUGCCAGUGAUGCUUUCCCAGAAGAAAAAUUAACAAGCACAGACGGUCCAAGUGACCCCGAAGGGCCUGUCAAGCCUAGCCCUCAGAGAAAAGAAAUAGAGAAACUUGAAACAAGCAAAAUGCCUGAUAACACCAAGGAACUCAAGGAUCUGGUGCUGGGUGGAGAACAGUGUUUGUCCACGGAAAGAUCUGAGGAGAGUACCAGUGUUUCACUGGUACCCGACACUGAUUAUGACACUCAGAACAGCGUCUCAGUACUGGAUGCUAACACUGUCAGAUCUGCAAAAACAGGGUCAAUUCAGUGUUUGACCCAGUUUGUAGCAAGUGAAAACACCAAGGAACUUGUCCGUGGUUCUAAAGAUGCUGGAAGUGCCACAGAAUGCUCUAAGCAUCCAUCGAGACACGAGCUUAACCACAUGCCAGAGACAGUAGAAAUGGAAGGGAGUGAACUGGAUACUCAAUAUUUGCAGAAUACAUUUCAGGUUUCAAAGCGUCAGUCAUUUGCUUUAUUUUCAAAACCAAGAAGUCCCCUAAAUGAGUGUGCAACAGCCUCUACUCACUCUCUCCUCAACUCCUUACGGGAGCUGAGACCAAGUGUGACUUCUGAAGGUAAAGAAAAUCGGGUACAUGAAGAGUCUGAAAUCAGUCACGUACAGGCAGUUACUGCCGCAAUGGACUUGCCUGUGCUUCGUCAGCAAGGUAAGCCAGGUGCCAACACCUUGUGUGCUGGAGUGUCUGGGCCUUGUCCAUCAUCUCAGUACAGAAGCAAUGAAAGUGAAGGCAGCACCUCAAGUAAACCUGGAGUUCCACAAAGCUCAUAUCUUAAACAAUCAGUUUCUCCCGUGAGGUCAUCUAUAAAAACUGACCGUAGAAAAACUCUGUCAGAGGAACGACUUGAGAAGCAUACAUUCUCAGCUAAAAAGGCAGUGGAAAAUGAGACCAUUGUUCAAAGUUCAGUACAUACAACUAGCCAAAAUAACGGAGGAAAUGCUUGUCAGGAAGCCAGCUCAGGCAGUAUUAAUGAGGUAUGUUCCAGCGGUGAAAACUUCCAGGGACAUCGAGAUAGAAACAGAGGGUCUAAGGUAAGCACCGUGCUUCCGUUGGAUCUUUUGCAGCCUGAAGUCUGUAAGCAAAGUGAUUAUAAUAAAUAUCUUGAAAUGAAGAAGCAGGAGGGCAAGGCUGUUGGUACAGACUUCUCUCCAUGUCUGUUCUCAGAUCAUCUUGAACAAUCUAUGAGAAGUGGUAAUAUUUUUCAGGUUUGUUCUGAGACACCUGAUGACCUGUUGGAUGAUGUUGAAAUACAGGAAAAUACUAGCUUCGGUGAAGGUGAUGUAAUGGAGAAGUCUGCUGUUUUUAAUGGAAGUGUCCAGAGAAGAGAGUUCAAUAGGAGCCCUAGCCCUUUAACCCAUGCAUCGCUGGCUCGGCGUUUUCAUAGAGGAUCUAGGAAAUUAGAAUCCUCAGAAGGGAGUGAUUCUAGUGAGGAUGAAGAUCUUCCCUGCUUCCAGCACUUACUUAGCAGAGUCAGCAGUGCCGUGACACAAGGUCGGUCAGAGAAAGCAGAGGGGGCCCUAGCGCCAUGGAAGGAUAGCAUCAGUGACUGCAAUAAUGAGGUGAUCUUGGUCGAGGCAUCUCAGGAGCAUCACUUUAGUGAGGACCCAAAAUACUCUGGCAGCAUGUUCUCUUCACAGUACAGUGCUAUCCAAGGCUCAACUGCGAAUGCAGACUCCCAGGAUCCCUUGCUUAAUCCUUCCAAACAAACGAGUCAGCAGUCUGAGAACGAGGAUGAUUUUCUAAGUGACAAGGAAUUGGUUUCAGAUGAUGAAAUGGGAACUUGCCUAGAAGAUGAUGAUCAAGAAGAGGACAGUAUAGUCCCAGAUUCAGGUGAAGUGGCAUCUGGAUAUGAGAGUGAAACAAACCUUUCGGAAGACUGCUCACAGAGUGACAUUUUAACCACCCAGCAGAAAGCUACCAUGAAAGAUAACCUGAUAAAGCUCCAACAGGAAAUGGCUCACCUGGAAGCUGUGCUGGAGCAGCAUGGGAACCAGCCUUCUGUCCACUCCCCUUCCCUUGUAGCUGACCCUCGUGCCCCGGAAGACCUACCAAAUCCAGAAGAAAACAUAUCAGGAACAGCAAUUUUAACUUCAGAGAACAUUAAUAAGAACCCUGUAAGCCAGAAUCCAAAGAGCCCUUCUGCUGACAAGUUCCAGCCACAAUGUCCCGGCGGUUCCACCAGUACAGAAAAAGAAUCGGAAGUGGGAAGGCCUUCCCCUUUUAAAUCUCCAUUGACAGGCAGUAGGUGCUCUGCACAUAGCCGCUCUGGGGGUCUUCAGAACAGAAACUGCCCACCUCAAGAGGAGCUCCUUCAGGCUGUUGAAUUGGAGAAGUCAUGUGAACCACAGAACUUAACAGGGCAGUUUUGCUUGCCAAGGCAAGAUCUAGAAAGAACCCCAUCCCUGGAAUCUGGAAUCAGCCUUUUCUCAAUCAGAAACUCUGAGUCUGAGUCCCCUAAAGAGCCAGCUCGUGUUUGCACAUCAACUUCAACCUCUGCACCAAAAAUAUCCCAGUGUCAAGGUGCUGCGUCUUUCAAGAGUCCCGCUGCUGCUUGGGCUGAUACGGCAGGGCUAGAGGCUUUGGGCAAGAGAAAGCCAGAACUGACAUCUUCAGAAGAAAGAACCCAUGCAGAAAUAUCCAUGGUGGUAUCAGGCUUGACCCACAAAGAAGCAAUGAUUGUGCAGAAGUUUGCCGAAAAAUAUGGCCUCACUUUGACUGAUGAAAUUACUGAGGAGACUACACAUGUAAUAAUAAAAACAGAUGCUCAGUUUGUGUGUGAACGGACGCUGAAAUAUUUUCUAGGAAUUGCAGGAGGAAAGUGGAUAGUUAGCUAUUCAUGGGUAAUCCGGUCUAUCCAAGAAAGAAAACUUCUGAAUGUGCAUGAAUUUGAGGUCAGAGGAGAUGUUGUGACGGGAAGAAGCCACCAAGGUCCAAAGCGAUCCAGAGAGUCCCAGGACAAGCUCUUCGAGGGCCUGAAGAUCUGUUGUUGUGAGCCCUUCACCAACAUGUCCAAAGAUGAGCUGGAGAGGAUACUGCAGCUGUGUGGGGCUUCCGUGGUGAAGGAGCUUCCAUCGCUCACCCAUGACACCGGUACUCAUCCAAUUGUGAUCGUACAGCCAAGUGCCUGGACAGAAGACAGUGGCUGCCCUGAGCUCGGGAAGCUGUGUGAGGCCCAUCUGGUGAUGUGGGACUGGGUGCUGGACAGUAUAUCCGUCUACCGUCGCCGGAAUCUGGAUGCCUACCUGGUACAGAAUAUCACCCAUGACUAUAGCGAGCUCCAAGACCCCAACGAUUAGUUUAAGAAAUGGUCUUUCAUAUCCAGGGAGCAUCUCUCACUCUUGGGUCUUUCUACAUCCUAUGUACUAAGUAUUUUAUAUACAUCAGCCAGGAAGAAAACAGCUUCUGCCUAUGUGAGGGUCCCUUAAAUUUUUCUAAUUUAAGUCUCCCUUUGGAAUCUGUCUUGAGCACAAAGAGUGUGAAUUCACCUGAGAAUUAUCAUUAUUUAAAUCCCACCAAUUGAGCAAGAUGCUAACUUGUUAUGUGUUGUUCUUAGAGAGUCGAUGGUUUGGCUGUUCUGAGCUGAACAUGGUGGUCUUAGCUGAACAUGCCGGUAUGUGACCAUAAUCACAGCACGUGGCAGCAAGAGACAGAAGUGUUUUGAGUUCAAGGCCAACCUGGGCUACAUAAGAUCCUCACUCAAGCAAAUAGCUAGUGGUUCUGAUUCGUUUCUUAUAAAAUCUCAUGUUCAUAAAGGCCAAUAGUCAAAUCCUUCAAGGAGUUUGCUUGAGGUCUGUGAUUUGACUUAAAAUCAGUGUCCCUUGAGUCUCCAGGUUUAAUGCCCAGCACCAAACAACGCCCGGUCCCUCCCCCGAGGCAGCGCUUGUGCAGGGUCUUGGAUGUUGGAGGCCACUGAGGAAGUUCAGAGGCCGAUAAUGGGUUUGGUGUGAAUGUGAAGUUUUCAGCUUCCAGGAUCCAGGAGAUCUCUCUCAUUCCCCGUAACUGACGAGCAAAGCGUUUGUUGUAGUUGCUCAUUCCUCUUAAAAUACAAGAUCUCUGAUACGAAUAUUUCAUGUCUGUAAAAUGAUGGAUUCCACCAGGAAAGGGGCUGUUGCUUUUCUUUUAAGUAAUUUUUCCCUUUUGCUUUCUAUUGCUAAACCAUACUACUUCGUAAAUAAUUUUGCUUGCUGAAGAAAAAGACCAUAUUUUUCAUGAACUCAUUAUCUUGGACUGUUUAUAGCUGUUGGAGGGAAUAUUCUUCCCUGUGUACCCCAGCACCCUGUGUAAGAGCAUGGAGGCCUGAUUAUACAAAGUAUGUUUUGUACCACUAAUGCUGCAAAUAAACUGAAUAACAAA